CUAACCACAGAUCCAACGGUGGAGAUUCAAUCAGAUUAACCAGGGUUGUAUUUGACCUAGAAGGGAUCGAAUAUAGUGCCCGUCACACCAUCAGAACCAGAAGUCGCCUUCUUUCGGUGUUUUAGCAGGAAAAAAAAAAAAAAAAAAAAAAAACUCAAGAGGGACAGAGAAGCUCAUCAAGUUGGGAGAAGGAGAGAUGUCGGACGAGGAGCACCAGUUCGAAUCCAAGGCCGACGCCGGAGCAUCCAAGACCUACCCCCAGCAGGCUGGUACCAUCCGCAAGAAUGGCUACAUCGUCAUCAAGGCCAGGCCUUGCAAGGUUGUUGAAGUCUCCACUUCCAAAACCGGAAAGCACGGUCACGCUAAGUGUCACUUUGUGGCAAUUGAUAUUUUCAAUGGAAAGAAGCUUGAAGAUAUUGUUCCUUCGUCCCACAAUUGUGAUGUUCCCCAUGUCAACCGUACUGACUAUCAGCUGAUUGAUAUCUCUGAGGAUGGCUUUGUGAGUCUCUUGACUGAAAAUGGAAACACCAAGGAUGAUCUGAGGCUGCCCACUGAUGACAGUCUGCUUACCCAGAUCAAGGACGGGUUUAAUGAUGGAAAGGAUCUUGUGGUGACUGUCAUGUCUGCCAUGGGAGAGGAGCAGAUCUGUGCCCUUAAGGACAUUGGUCCGAAGAAUUAAGUAUGAUGCUGUAGCAGUAGCUGUAGCUGAUGGCAAGACGUUUAUCCGUUUUACUUUUUUUGGUGGAACCGUUGCUAACAGGGAGGUUUAUGAAACCAUACUAUCUGUGCAAUGAACCUUUAUUUUAAAUGGUGUUUUAUCUUGCCAAGCUUGUAAAAGUGACGACGCGAAGAAGAUUUAAAGCUGCCGGAUCCCUUGGCAAAGGGAACUUGCUGCAUAUCUAUGAAAACUAUUUCCGGUUUUUUUUUUUCGGAUAAAAGAAAGAUGUUCUUAUGUAUGAUUUUUGUUAAGGUUUAUCUUGCGAUGUUUCGGAUGUUCUUGUGAUGUUUGAUGAUUCUACACUUAUUGAAUAUUUGUUACCCUCCGCU